ACCCACAGCGUCUCCAUCAGUCGAGUACAUCUUUAUCAACAGUGCUACAAGUUGUUCACUCUUCCCAGGAGUAACACUGAAACCUGGAUGUCAAUAAUCUACAACCAACAUCAACAGCUGCUAAAAGACCCUUUACAACAAACAGCAAGUUCUAAGAAGUUGAACCAGAGAUCUCUACUCUGUUGUUUACUGUUACAUUUUAUUUUUCUGGAGAACUGAAAUUAAUAAAUCUUAGUUUACUGCAUUGCGAGAUCGCAGUCAGAGCCCGAAACCAGAAAACCGCCUAUAAAAAGUGUUAUAAACGUGGUAUAUUGAAAAGGUGAGUAAACAGUUAUAAAAAGUGGCACCGUAAACAGUGAGGAAUACGAACCUACCAAAUUGAAGGAUGAUACCGAGGAACAUGGAGAUGAUGACAGCGGUGGCGGUGACGGUGGUAGUGUCGACCCUGCUCAACAUCAUCAUCGUGGCGUCUCCCUCAACAACCCAGAGUUCUGUGCACGGCGUGAGGGACGGGAAAUUUUUAAACCUGCAGUUCCUGCCAUUCGUGACAGUGAAGGUUCAACCCAAAGCUUGUUCUUCAAAGUCGGACAAUUCGACUGGCACUUGUACUUCCAGGAAGGACUGUACCAGCCAGGGUGGCCGAGCUGACGGAACCUGUGCGAACGGUUAUGGCGUCUGUUGUGUGUAUCAGAAGAAGUGUGGUGAAACAGUGUCGCAGAACUGUUCCUACCUAGUGAACGACGCCUACCCCGACACCUUCAUGACCAUCGACAACUGCCAGUACAGCAUAGAGAAGGCCAACGAAAACAUCUGUCAAUUACGACUGGACUUCGAGACACUGCGAAUUCAAGGACCCGACAACACGACCCAAUGUAGUGAGGACACUUUUACUGUGGUGGGUACGGGAGGCGCGAACCCCACCGUCAUCUGUGGGGACAACACGGGCCAACACAUGUACUUGGACCUGGCGAGCGGUACUGGGGCCGCCAGGGUCAACAUCGCCACCACCACCACCACCUUCCCACGCUCCUGGAGGAUCAAGGUUACGCAGAUCCCCUGUUCCUCCCCCAGUAGAGCACCCCCAAACUGCCUCCAGUACUUCAGCGAGUACUCCGGCACCAUCAAAUCCUUCAACUACCAGACUACAGAUGGCAUCCACCAGCUCGCGAACCAGCAAUACACUGCAUGUAUUAGAGCAAGGGAAGGUUUCUGUGGUAUAAAGUACACCAAUGACCAUUUCUCUAUGAGCUUAAAUGCUUCAAACCCUACUGCUAAUUCAACAGACUCUCAGUGUGAGAACGACUUCGUGUUGAUCCCCGUCGUUUCCAAAGAUGGCACUGUCUCCGGCCCUGACCGAUACUGUGGCAGCGACUUCGCAGAGUUGACUACUUUCUCCGCACCGUUCGAGAUUCGCGUGGUGACGGACAACGCUGAAAACAGCACCAUCGAUGUUAACAACCGCGGCUUCUCCCUCCGCUAUACCCAGAUCCCCUGCUGAGUGAGUCUGCUUUGUACUGCUCCUUCAACCCCGGCUACAUGUGAUUUUUACAUCUUCUGCUGGAUAUAAUAUCUGCUUCUGGAUAGAUUGGUUCUGCUGGAUCAUAAUGUCCCUGCUGCUAGAUAUCUGCGUCUACUUUUUGUGAUGACUGCUUCUACUGGAUACGACUGCCACUGCGAGAUAUAAUGACUGCUUAUGCUGGAUAUAAUGUCUCCCUAUGCUGGGUGUCUACUGCUUCUCUUGGAUAUAAUGACUGCCUAUGCUGGAUAUGUCUGCUUCUGCUGGAUAUAAUGUCUGCUUCUGCUGGAUAUAAUGUCUGCCUCUGCUGGAUAUGUCUGCUCUUGCCGGAUAUAAUGCCUGCUUCUGCUGGAUAUGAUCAUUGUUGGGAUCACGACUAUUAUAGGAAUAUUUUGGAUACAGUGUAGUGCUAAUUUCAAUAAUGUAAUUUAAUUUACAUAUUUACACGGAUGCUUUGUGUUUACACUAUACAGUACAGUUUAUAGGUUCUCCUGAAACCUGCAUGUAAAGAUCUCUACAUUUUUUUAAUUACUCCCAGUUAACAAUCUGCAUAUUCACUUUGACAAAGACACCAUAAAUAUCUUUAAUUGCUUUAUAUAGAUAAAUGUCCUGUUAUUUACAUAUCAUAUGUGUGUUGUUUGGUUUAACAGACACUGUCUAUUUUUUUUGUUCAGGAAUUGUCCUAUUAUUUAUCCCGCACAAAAUAAUUGUUGGCUUUAUUAUUCAAGUUUAGAUUUAUUAAAGGUAAAUAUAUAUUAAA